GGUUGCAGUGAGCCAAGAUCGUGCCACUGGACUCCAGCCAUCUCAAUAAAUAAAUAAAAGUCAAUGCCACAGGCGUUCCCAGGAGAUCAAACCCCACUGAUGAUGGCCUCGCCCCUCCUCUGAAAGAAAAGUCCUCCAGCUCUCCUAGCAGGGCAGCCAGUCUGUUAAACUCAUGGGCAUGAGCCAGGGGACCUGGUCCAAAUCUUAAUCUGCCGGUGACCUUGGGCAAGUUACUUUUUGGUGUGCUUCAGUGCUUUCAUAUGCAAAGUGGGCUUGACCUUAGGCUCUACCUGGUGUGUUUCUUUGAAGAUUAAAUGAAUCAAAGCGUUCUAAGCUUGGAGAGACGCUUGACAUAGGGUAAGCAUUAGCUGUGAUUCCCUCGCAGUAUCAUUCUGGGGAUGAAAGGAAAUGCCACUUGUGAAGAGCAGCGCUUGGCAUAUGCACAUUCAGACUAGGCCGUGAGAACCAGGCCUUCCUUGCCGCCUCCCUCCACUCCUGCUCCCACGUGCAGACAGCAACCGCUUCCUCCAGCAGGUCCAACCAGCCGCCUCUGGCCCAGGGCCAGGAAAUAAUUGUUCCAUUCCAUUCCCCCGUGCUCCUCUGCCCUCCCCUUUAAUCUUCCCAGCCUGCCUGCGAGAUAGAGGGGGAGAAAGUCUCCUCCCAAAGCUGCAGUGGGGCCUGCAGGUAUCUGCUUAAGAGCUCAGGCUCUGGGACCAGACCACCUGGGUUUACUGCAGCUGCGCCCCAUCUCCAGCUCUGAGAUCGUGUCCCCUUCAUAGAACGAGGGGACGGUGGCCCAUCCCUCAUUUGUAGUUGUGAGAGCUGAAUGACAUGGGGCACAAAAAGUGCUGGCCCAGGAUCCAUGUGCACAUCUUAGCCAUUGUUAUUAAUGCUUGUAUUAAAGGUCAGAGCCAGGUAUUCUGAAGGGAAACCCUUCUAGCCCAGUCACUGGGGGUAACCUGUCAGAGAGGCACCACUCAUGGCCUCCGCCAUGAUUCCUUCUUACUGCUCCAGCACUAACAGGCCCCAGGCAAUCCCUCCCAGGGCCUUCAGUUGGGCCAGACACCCCCAUCCCUCAUAUACGAUGGAUUACCAGGAAAGGGACUGAGGGGAGGGGUGGAGGAGGUGUCAUUUAUUCCUUCAUGCUGCAGGAAUCAGAGCAGGAGGCCCGUGCCGAUAAGCAGAGCCUCAGCAUAGGGAUGAGUAGUGCGGCACCAGGGAAGGACACCAGCCUGGCAGACCCCCUCCACCUGUCUGAGCCUCAGCGUCCCGGGUGGUCGGAUGGGGAUAACAGUCCCACAUCACGGGCAGCAUAAAUCACAAUCUGAGCGGUGAAGCGCUGUCCAGAUGUUGGUGGCUGCUGUGAUUCUCCACUGGAAAGAGAAGUGGGAAGCUGGGAUCCGAGCCAAGACUGGGACAGAAAGUAGGUGGCUGCGCUGGAGCGGCAGAUCUUUGACUUCUUGGGCUACCAGUGGGCUCCCAUCCUAGCCAACUUCCUGCACAUCAUGGCAGUCAUCCUGGGCAUCUUUGGCACCGUGCAGUACCGAUCCCGGUACCUCAUCCUGUAUGCAGCCUGGCUGGUGCUCUGGGUUGGCUGGAAUGCGUUUAUCAUCUGCUUCUACUUGGAGGUUGGACAGCUGUCCCAGGACCGGGACUUCAUCAUGACCUUCAACACAUCCCUGCACCGCUCCUGGUGGAUGGAGAAUGGACCAGGCUGCCUGGUGACACCUGUUCUGAACUCCCGCCUGGCUCUGGAGGACCACCAUGUCAUCUCUGUCACUGGCUGCUUGCUUGACUAUCCCUACAUUGAAGCCCUCAGCAGCGCCCUGCAGAUCUUCCUGGCACUGUUCGGCUUCGUGUUCGCCUGCUACGUGAGCAAAGUGUUCCUGGAGGAGGAGGACAGCUUUGACUUCAUCGGCGGCUUUGACUCCUACGGAUACCAGGCGCCCCAGAAGACGUCGCAUUUACAGCUGCAGCCUCUGUACACGUCGGGGUAGCCUCUGCCCCGCGCCCACCUCGGCGCCUCGCCUUGGGCCCCUGGACUGUCCGCAGCUGCCUUGAGCUCAGGCCAAGGCGCAGGCGCGCCCCCUGGUGGCUCGCGCGCUCACUGCAGCCUGCGCCCGCCCCCGGGUCUGCAGCCGGAGACGCGGAUUUGGACUUGGACUUGGACUUGGCCUUGGCUCUUCGCAGCCCGGACUUCGGAGGAGUGGGGCGGGGCGGGGGAGGGGCACCGCGGGUUUUUUGUUUGUUUAUUUGUUUUUAAUCUCAGCCUUGGCGUGAGCUGGGGCCUUCCUCUCUUCUCCAGCCUCUCUUUCACCCUUCACCCAGCAUCCUGCCCCCCUGUCCAAAAACAGCAGGACAUCACACCCAUCCCAUCCCACCACACUCACUCACCAGCUCUGGGGAAAGCUACUCUGAACUAGGAGCAGGAGUCCUGGGUUCUAAUCGCAGGUCCAACACUGACUGUGAUGUCUGGCUAAGCCCUUGCCCUCUCUGGGGCUCGGUUUCCCCUCCUCAAGUGAUUAAUUCCUUAGCAAAUGGACUCUUUUAGACUUCUCAUUUAACUCAAUUCCCUGAGCUAGACUGGGAUUAAAAUUCCCAUUUUGCAGUACAUUAAAACUGAGGCCCAGAGAUGCAAUUUGCUUGAGGCCACACAGCUAGAUUUUUGGUGGAAGUGGGCCUUGAACACAGUGUACUUUCUGCAGUUUCUAACUGUAAAACCCACGUCUGCUCUCUGAGUUCAAUUUCAAGCCCCCCUCCAGCUUGGACCCAUGUGGUCUCCACCAUAUUCACACACCACCGCCACCACUUGCCAAUGCCUCUCUUAAAGCAAUAUACCCAUUCGUUCUCUUAUUGGGAAGCGGAUGGACAGAGCCCUAAAUUCAGCCCCACCCACAGAGAAGCCUUCCUACGCUCAGCCUCUGUCCACCCUUGGCAAAUCUUUCAAGUUCUCUCCUCCAGGAAAGUGGGGCCCCAACUCAGUCACCCCGCCCCUUUCCAGGUCCCUGAGGCUGGUUCUACUGUAUCCCCAUCCCCUCCACAACUCCAUUCACCCCUGAUGGCUCCAUCCACCUCACCAGUUGGAAGGCUUGUGGUUCCAGAGGGGAGCAAUGCUGGUCAGCACUGCCCAGACUCCAGUGUUUACAGAUCACCAGCUUUUACAACCAAUUCAAUGGCCAGAAGCCUCCUCUAACAAGCCCACAAGGAGUUCUGAAGGGGCAGAUGGGGGUGUGAGUAGUGGGGGAGUCAGGAUUGCCAGCACCCUCACCCUUCCUUGGGGGCAAGUAGAGGCGAGAACACUUUCCCCACCUCCCUCCACAGACACUCCUGAGGACCCUGCAUCCCACACACUGCCUGGUGUGUCCAUAGAUGAGAGGAUCAGGCCUCAGCAUUUCAUCUGUGAAAGAGGUGUGGCCCUGGGUUAGAAAGGAGGGCAGGAGGCAUGGAGGAACUGGGGGGACACCCAGAUGGUGUGUAUGGUUUGCACACCUGAGCCUGUCUGGUGACCACUUUGCUCCUCGCCCACAACCCUCCAAUCUAUCAUUCCCUACUCUCUACGGCCAAAAUAUCCUGAGCAAGGCUGACAACCCCACCCCACCAUCCCAACUGCAAGCAGCCAGCCCCAGGAGUUCCUCUGGCCCCCACAGGCAUGGAGCUCCUAGCUGCUGGGUGCAGCUCAAGAGGGGGGCAGCUCCCUCAGGCUAAGCUGCUGCCGUUCACUGGGCCAGCCCCUGCCUCCAGCCCCCACUUCUCUCAACCCCACUCUCCCAGGCCCCUUUCUACUCAACGGGUGCAGCCACUGGUGCUUUGAAGCCUUUUGUUUUUAUAAGAUGGUUUUUGCAAGGGGACCAGGUUCUCUUUUCACUGGGACCUUGCAAGGAGGGGAGUGCUCUCCUGGUUUCUGUGCAGGUGGGUUGAUUAAAGAUGGUGUUUUCUUCUCUA